AUGUCUUCUCCAAUUCUAGGUAUCUCCUUCGGUAACACUUCCUCCUCUAUUGCUUACAUCAACCCAAAGAACGAUGUCGAUGUCAUUGCUAACCCAGAUGGUGAACGUGCUAUCCCAUCCGUCCUAUCCUACGUCGGUGAAGAUGAAUAUCAUGGUGGUCAAGCUUUGCAACAACUAGUAAGAAACCCAACUAACACCAUUGUUAACUUCCGUGAUUUCAUCGGUCUUGCAUUCGCUGAUGCAGAUGUCUCUAGAUGUGCCGCUGGUGCUCCAGCUAUUGAAGUCGACGGUAAAGUUGGUUUUGCUAUCAAGAGAGGUGAAGAUAUUGUUGAAAAUAUUACUGUCGAUGAAGUUGUCACUAGACAUUUGAACAGAUUAAAGCUUGCCGCUGAAGAUUACAUUGGCCAAACCAUCUCCAAGACUGUAUUGACCGUCCCAACAGAUUUCACCGAUGCUCAAAAAGAUGCUUUGAGUGCCGCUGCCUCUAAGUGUGGUCUAAGAAUUCUCCAAUUCAUCAGUGAACCAUCUGCCUCCUUAUUGGCUCAUGUCCAUUCUUUCCCAUUCAAAAAGGAUGCCAAUGUUGUUGUUGCUGAUUUCGGUGGUGUUAGAUCCGAUGCUGCUGUCAUCGCCAUCCGUAAUGGUAUCUUCACUGUAUUGGCUACUGCUCAUGAUGCUAAACUUGGUGGUGAUAACUUGGAUGAAGCUUUGAUUGAAUAUUUCGCUGCUGAUUUCCAAAAGAAAAAUCAAUGUAACCCACGUAAGAAUGCUAGAUCUUUAGCUAAAUUAAGAACUAAUGCAAUCAUCACUAAGAAGACUUUAUCCAAUGCCACCACUGCUACCAUCUCUGUUGAAUCACUAGCUGAUGGUUUCGAUUAUCAUACUUCUAUUAACAGAAUGAGAUAUGAAUUGACUGCCGGUAAAGUUUUCUCUCAAUUCUCUCAAUUCAUUAAUGAAACCAUUGAAAAGGCUAAGAUGGAUAUCCUUGAUAUCGAUGCUGUCUUACUAUGUGGUGGUGUCUCUUUUACUCCAAAAUUGGCUAACAACUUGGAAUUUUUAUUCCCAGAAUCCGUUGAAAUCCUAGGCCCACAAAACAAGGACGCUUCUAACACUCCAAAUGAAUUGUCUUGUUCUGGUGCUGCUCUACAAGGUAGAUUGAUUGGUGAUUAUGAUGCCGAUGAAUUGAAGGAAGCUUUACAACCUGUUGUUUUAAACAUUAUGCAUUUACAAAAAGCUAUUGGUCUAUUAGAUGCUGAAGGUAAGUUUGUUCCAGUUAUCCUACCAGAAACUACAUACCCAGCUCAAAAGACUAUCACCAUUAAGAAAGCUAAAGGUGAUUUCUUAGUCGGUGUCUACGAAGGUGAAUCUUACAUUGAAGAAAAGACUCUUGAACCAGAAGCUAAGCCAGAAGCUGAUGAAGAAGACAGUGAAGAAUGGUCCGAUGAUGAACCAGAAGUUGUGAGAGAAAAACUUUACAAGCCAGCUACCAAAUUGAUGGAAUUAGGUAUCAAGGACGUUACAAAGGGUCUACAAAUCAUCUUCAACAUCAACAAGGAUGCUGUAUUGAAGGUUACUGCCAGAGACUUGAAGUCAAAUGCUGUCGUUCAAGGUCAACUGUGA